AUGUUCAAACCAAUCGCCCGGAACGCCAUCAGAGCUCUAAACGCCCGCCCUGCAUUCGCAGCUACCCGCCCAGCUAUAGGUUUCAGACCUCUCUCAUCCACGGCUUCGCUCAACAAAAACAAGAAAAGCGAUGACAAAGACCCCAUUCUCUCUGCAACCACCAAAGCUCCAGAGGGAGCAUCCGGUGAACAUGAGGGCCAAUUCGCACGUACCGACGAGAGCGUACACAUUGAGUAUCCACCGGACAGCGAGAUGCCCGCUCAGCCCGUCGCCCAGGGUCGAGGCGGUAUGCAUUUCAAGCGUACUCUCGCCCAAUUCUCUCUCGAGAAGAAAGUCAGCUUGGUAACCGGUGGAGCUCGUGGGCUGGGUCUUGUCAUGGCCCAAGCGCUCGUUGCUUCGGGCUCUGAUUUGGCAAUUGUUGAUUUAAACAAGAACGAAGCCGACGCUGCUGCUGCUUCGCUGGUUGAGCAGUUCCGCAAAGAAAACCCCGGUCUGGAGGACAUGCCAAACGUAACAGCCCACUACGCCGAUGUCGCCAACCCAGAAUCGGUCAACAAUGCCCUUUCAGAAGUCAUUUCCAAGCACGGGCAAAUCGACAACCUAGUCACCUCAGCUGGUUUCACCGAAAACUUCGACGCAAUCAACUACCCCUUCGACCGUAUGCAGAAACUCUGGGGCGUCAACGUGGACGGCACAUAUCUUUUCGCAACAGGUGUCGCAAAGCACCUUAUGGAGCGCAAAGCACCCGGCAGCAUCGUCAUGAUUGGCUCUAUGUCCGGUGCCAUCGUGAACGUCCCCCAGCCCCAGGCACCGUACAAUGCGGCGAAGGCUGCUGUCCGCCAUCUCGCUGCUUCGCUUGCCGUUGAGUGGGCUGGUCAUGACAUCCGUGUGAAUUGCAUCAGUCCCGGAUACAUGCUGACUGCUCUUACGCGCAAGAUCCUUGACGAGAACCCCCAGCUACGUGAUCACUGGACUUCGCUCAUUCCCGCUGGCAAGAUGGGCACACCUGAGGAUUUGAUGGGAGCUGUCACUUUCUUGCUGAGUGAUGCUUCCAAGUACAUCACUGGAGCGGAUCUCCGCGUCGAUGGUGGCUACACUGUGACCUAA